AUGAAGCUGUCUAUUCUUGUCAUCUUUCUCCCAGCUAUUCUAGCUGCCCGCACAACCAGUGACAAGCACGUUGAGCCCAUUACUCUCUGGACACCCAAUAAUGCCGAUAUCAUUGACAACAAGUACAUUGUCAAGUUUAAGGAUGGCAUCGCGCACAUUAAUAUUGACGAGGCUGUAAGCGUCAUAAAGGCCAAGGCUGACUUCGUGUACGAGAACGUCUUUAAGGGUUUCGCUGGCCACCUUAGCACGGCCGAGCACGCAGUCCUCCUUGCCCACCCAGACGUUGACUACAUAGAGAAAGACGCCGUGAUGCACAUUAAUGGCUUUGUUGAGCAAAAAGGAGCGCCCUGGGGCCUUGGCCGUAUCUCUAACAGCCAGAAGGGAAGUACCACCUACAGAUAUGAUGAUAGUGCUGGCACUGAAACUUGCGCCUACGUUCUCGACACAGGUGUUGAGGCUAGCCACCCUGAGUUUGAGGGUCGCGCUACUUUUCUUAAGAGCUUCAUUGAGGGCCAGAACAAGGACGGUCACGGCCACGGAACCCAUUGUGCCGGUACGAUUGGUAGCAAGACGUACGGUGUUGCUAAGAAGGCCAAGAUCUACGGUGUUAAGGUCCUAAAUGAUAGGGGCUCUGGGCCUGUUUCUGUUAUUAUUGCUGGCAUGGACUUUGUUGCUCAAGACGCCAAGUCGCGCGGCUGCCCUAAGGGUGCUAUUGCUAGCAUGAGCUUGGGAGGUUCUCGAAACGCUGCCCUUAAUCAGGCUGCCGCUUCUAUGGUUAGCUCUGGAAUCUUCCUCGCCGUCUCCGCUGGGAAUGAUAAUGGAGAUGCUGCCAACAAAUCCCCUGCCUCUGAGCCUUCUGCUUGCACUGUUGGUUCUACAACCUCCGGCGACGCCCGAUCUUCGUUCUCCAACUUUGGCCCUAUUGUCGAUAUCUUUGCUCCUGGUAGUAGCGUUCUCUCUACCUGGAUUGGUGGAGGCACGAAAACCAUAUCUGGUACUUCUAUGGCCGCUCCCCACAUUGCUGGCCUCGCUGCCUACCUUGCUGCUCUUGAAGGCAGCACCAGCUGCACUCGCAUCCAGCAACUAGCCACCAAGGACGCCCUCUCGGGUAUCCCUUCCGGCACUGUCAACCUCCUUGCCUACAACGGCGCCAACGUUGUCUAG